AUAUUUCACACAGACCCAAAAUAUGACUCAUUCGGGUCUUCUUUUCUUCAUAGUGCCGCACCACUGCCUCCUCAGCGUCGCCGACCACCACCGUUCUUCUUCCUCAGCCUGUAGUGAGCCAACUCAAUUUGAUAGCUCUAGUGAUCAGCAGCAAUGGCGGGGAAAGUGGCGAAGGCAGCUUAUGAUGCAAAGAUGCUGAAGCUUCUUAGAGAGUACAGUCAGGUGCUAGUGGUUUCAUCAGACAAUGUGGGUUCCAAUCAGCUUCAGGGCAUACGGAGGGGACUUAAUGCUGACUCAGUGGUGGUUAUGGGAAAGAACUCGAUGAUGAAACGCUCGAUCAUCUUGGAUGCUAAGAAGACUGGCAACAAGGCCUUCCUUAACCUUGUCCCCCUUCUUGUGGGAAAUGUGGCAUUAAUUUUCACCAAAGGUGACUUGAGGGAAGUUAGCGAACAGAUUGCCAAGUACAAGGUUGUUCAACCUAUUCUCAUGUGCCCUAAGUACACGUCAUAUGACACAUACCAGAAUUGUACCUAUAUGCAAUCUGGACAGUUACCUUUGGGCCUCACGUGUUGUAAUCAGCAAUCUGCGCAGGCUUCUGAGCCUUUUCUUGUAUGCUCAAAAUUCUUGCCGCACCAACAUUGUUUCUUGAUGAGAUCAAGACAGUUCUUGAUGACGAGUAUAUGGUCUCCUCUUCUCCUUUUGGCUGGUAACUUGUGACGUGGAUGAAGUAUGCUGAUUUGGAUCACAUACAUGGUUUGUAGUACUCUUUUCCUUGAGCACUAUUGGAUACUUCCAUCUCACGGGAUGAUAGAAAAUGAAUAUGAUUUUGAUCAGGGUUUCAAUUUGGUAACUGGGGUUUCUGAUACAAGGAUCUUUAAUUUCCCAGGAAUUUUAUCCUCUUUUUAAAUAAGGAUAUCUGUUAUAUGCUUUUUAUUAAUUUAUCUCAUAAUUACUGUUUUCUGUUUA